GUCCAUGAAGGGGUGGAGCCGGCGGGCAGGGUGGGCGGAGGAAGGCCGGCUGAAGACAGGUCCCGCACGGUCCGGGAGCCACAUUUGCAGCCUUGGCCCUCUGGCUGGAACCUGCUCCCACUUCAGGCUGACUGUGCACCGCCACAAUGGGCUCUGAGCUGGAGACGGCGAUGGAGACCCUCAUCAAUGUGUUCCACGCCCACUCGGGCAAGGAGGGGGACAAGUACAAGCUGAGCAAGAAAGAACUGAAGGAGUUGCUGCAGACGGAGCUCUCCGGCUUCCUGGACGCCCAGAAGGACGGAGAUGCCGUGGACAAGGUGAUGAAGGAACUGGAUGAGGACGGAGACGGGGAGGUGGACUUCCAGGAGUACGUGGUGCUGGUGGCUGCUCUCACGGUGGCCUGUAACAACUUCUUCUGGGAGAACAGUUGAGCAGACAGCCCCAGAGGGCAGCGCCCUACCGCUCCGUCCCGCCAGACCUGCCCCUACACCCGGCUACCACCUCACACUCCCACACACGCCCAGGGCGCCAAGCAGCAUCAUCUCUCAUUAAAGGCUCCUCUAUUGCCA